AUGGAUCUAUACACAAUUCCAUGUAAGAAACCUAAAAUAGCAUGUAAGAAUUGGAAUAAAAAAUAAUUCAAUUUCUAGAUCUUAGGGAAAGCAUCUCCUAUAAAUAAAAAAUAAAAAGAUUAGGAAAUUUACACUAACAGAUAUUCUUCAUAAAAUGAAAGAAAAUGCAAAGAAUAAGGAAUCCUUUGUGAAUUAUUUGAAAACAUACACAUUAAUAAAACAUUCAUUUUUAAAAGCUAACAUAACAGUUUUGAACAACAUCAAAAUAGAUUGUUUACUCCUGAAACAAGAGUUUUAAAAAAGCGAAAGGAUGGUAAGACUAUAUUUUAACCUAUUCCUCGUUUAAGUUCUAUAUAAAGAACUAAUGAUACACCUGUUGCAUUAAAUAUUACAUCUUAUAUGAACAGAAAACAACCUAAAGUAAGAAGAGUUAUAAAUUUAAAUAUUUCCAAAGAUGAAUGUGAAAAAAGACCAUUUUUUUCACAUAAAGCAUAAAAUUUAUAUGAGUUUGUAUAUAAUUAUUACUUUUGA